UAUAACGGGCGCUCGUUGCGCGCGCCACUCCCCUCCUCAGACGAAGCCGUCGCGCGAGGCCGGCCGCCAUGUUCAACAAGAAGACGAUGGUUCUGUAUUGCGGCGGCUCCCCCGGAUUGGCCCCGGCCGCCCCUCAGUCUCCCGGCGCGGGUGGUGGCGGCGGAGGAGGAAGCGGCGGCGGUGGCGGCGAGGGCGGCCUGGCUCUCCAUCCCGGCGGCGUCCGAGCAGGCCUGGGCGUGGGGGGGCUGUGCUGGCCUCCCGCCGGCUGCGCUGAGGGGCCUCGAGCGCUGAUUGGCGGAGGGCCGCGCGCAGGGGGCCCCUCGCUGAUUGGGCCCCCGGAGGCGGCCGCGCGCGCGCCGAUUGGCUCCCCCGAAGAGGAGCUGGACGGCUGCGAGCCCGACGCGGAGAACGGAGCGGAGCCUCCCGCCGCCUCCCCCGCCUCGCCUCCGCCCGGGGACCCGCUGCGCCAGGUGACGCUGCAGCUGGUGGCCUCGUACCUGCGGGAGGCGGCCGACCAGGAGCCCCCCAAGCAGGACGGCGGUUGCGGCGGCGGCGGGAAGUUCCUGCAGGGCCUGCUGGGCCGCUUCGGUCCCUGUCCCGGCGAGGCGGAGACGGCCGCCCGGGCCCUGGAGACGCUGCGGAGGGUCUGCGACGACAUCAUGGAGAAGCACCAGCUGGCCUUCCAAGGAAUGCUGAGGAAAGUGCAGAUUGACAAAGCAGAUGACUUAAAGCUCAUGUCAGAAGUUGCAACGCAGGUUUUCAACGAUGGCAUAACAAACUGGGGGCGAAUUGUGACUCUCAUUUCUUUUGGUGCCUUUGUUGCCAAACACUUGAAGAGCCUAAAUCAGGAAAGCAGCAUCAACACUUUGGCGGAGAUUAUCACAGAGGUGCUGGUGACAGAGAAGAGAGAGUGGCUGCUGCAUCACAAUGCCUGGGAAGGCUUUGUUAAAUUCUUCCAUGUAGAGGACCUGGAAGGCAGCAUCAGAAACAUUCUGGUGGCUUUUGCAAGCGUGGCUGGCCUAGGAGCGAGCUUGGCUUACUUGAUCCGGUGAGCCAAAAAAAGGGGGGCUCUCCCGAGUGGAGCUUAGCUUGGACUACUCUGUUCCUGCUGUGAAUAGAAAACUGAGCUGUUCUCCUCUUGCCGAGUGGGAAGCAGGACAGCUGGAACUCCCCAAGAAGGACUGCUAUGAACUGUCCCGGGAUAGAAGGUAACCCAGCAAGGAUAUCUUACAAAUGGAAGUCGCUUUUUCCAAGGGAAGAAACAUGUGCACUCUGCUUCACUCACACGAAGCUAGGAGGACUGAAGCCCUGUGCAGGAGGAGGAAGUGGUGUGCUUGGACUGGCGGCAAUCGGGCUCUGGAGGAAAGACAGUUGGAUGCACUGAGCAGUGAGUGAUCUGUUUGCACAGGGUGACAGUCGUACCCUCCCGUCUUUUGGAGAAUAACGCUGGGUCUGAAGUGCCAGGGGUGUUUGGGUCCUGUGUCAUCCUAAAGACUUCCGGGUGAUCUCUGGGAAAUGCCUUGAACUGUUGGUGGAUCCAGGCAAUGUAUUUUUGCCCCAUCACUGAGAGAAAAGGCCUGGCGUCCUUCAGCCUCUCAUCAACAUCGUAUUCGAAAGGGCUGACUGUAUUUUUUUAUUUUUAUUUCACUCUUUCUUUCCACUGCCCUCCCUUUGAAAGCGUCACACUGCCAUUAAGCCCCCCCCCAUCACACCUAGCUGCUCCCUGCAGUGAAGCUCAGUCUGCAACCAUGAUAAGCAUCAUUUGGGACCGAUGAAACCUGCAGAAUGUGCGCACUCUUGAAGCAGAUUUCUCUUUGAGAAAGAUUGCGAAGAGGGGUUUUGUUUUAAAACAUGAUUCAGUUUGGAUUUGAUGACUCUUGAUUCAUUUUCCCCCAUCAGCAUAUACUGGGCAUUUCAGAAAACCUCCGCAUCCAAGUUUAACAAGGUUAUCGAUGUGACUGUCAUGACCAGCGUAAAGUUUGAAACCCCCUCUUUUCUUUCCCUUUCUCUCUUGGGAAGAAAGGAGCCCUUUGGGGUUUUCCGUCACCCUGCUUUAUUUCUUUGAUUCCUGAGUUGAGCUUAAAGGAUGCUUUUUUAAAAAAAAAAAAAAGCUAAACUUGCACAUGAAUGUCAUUUAUCCUGUAAGAAAGCAAAAUAACAUGCGUGAAUUAGCAGUGUGAGAUCCUGUGGUACACAAAAACACACAAACACACACUCACAUUCUAAUCUGUGGGCAGCUUCCUGGGUGUCCUCUAGAUGUUUCAGCCUGGAUGUUUCUGGAGGAUGCCUGAUGAUGGCCUUUUCUAAACCCUUGAGGAUGAAACAGUUCAUAAGCUGAGUUUUCUUUGAUUUUUUUUUCUUUUAUUCAGGAGAAUGGCUUCAGUUAAUAGGAGCAGGAAUUUUAAUUUGCAGUGUAGAAUUGCUUUUAGUUUUCAUUGUGCAUCAGUCUAGAACCGGGAGUAUCCAACCAUGGCCACUUUAAUAACCGUGGACUUCACGUAGCUGAGGAAUUCUGGGAGUUGGAGUCCACAAGUCUUAAAAGUGACCAGGUUGGACACUUGGCUCUAGACCAGAUAAUGGCAGAAGUAAAAAUCUUGGCAAGGUGCUGGAAGACCUGCUUGUUUACAUAAACCGUCUAAUAAAACCCAUUCAGUGAUUCUCGCAAUGUGAGGAGGUUCUUCUGUUAAUACAGAAACCUGAAGUGUUUGUUUUCGUUUUGGGGCUGAAUGAUUGUCCCUUGUUCUUUCUUUCCUCCCCCUUUAAUCUUGCCAGGCAAUUGAUUGGUAGAUGAGGGGCUUAAAACCCUGGACCGACUUUUUUCCCCCUGUGGAGAUGGAGAGGCAGGGCCAGAGAUCAGUCUUAGAACAGAUCUAGAACUAGCCAGCUUCAGGGAUGUGGGAUUAAGCCUUGUUUCUUCAUUCAGGGUGGUCUGAAUUCUGGCUUGGGUCCUGGAGCUGUCUGAUCUGUGACUUGCACCUCAGUUGUUUCCAAAUUGCUGUUCUGUGGGCACUUGAGCUGGUUAAAAAGGUAUUACAGUGAUGGGCAAGAAAAUUAAAGCAUUUCACACAGGUUAAGAUGCCCCCCUUCUGUCUGCCUCCAGGGCCCAGAAAUGUGGCUUAGAAAGAAAAACAGAGGAGGCUAGGGAAAAUAUUUUUCAUAGGGGCUAAUAGAACUAGCCUAUUGCAAUGCCUUGUGUGGGGUUUACUGGCGGAGUAUGCAAAGUUUUUCCUUAGAAAUAUGCAAAAUGGCACUUCUCCAAAGUUCUGUUGUUACAAAUACUGGUGCCGUGUGGGUGUGUCAGCUGGGUUUUCUUGUCCAACCAAACAGGCAGGGCCUGAGGUUCCCCAUUUUCACACGAGCAGCAAAGAGAUUGCAAGUGAGACCUGAUGGCCUGUCCUCUUUCCUUCUGUUUGACAACACUUUGACUCAAACCCCAGUAGCUGUGACUGUGUCUCUAACGAGAAUCCAGAGGGAACCUUGGCAUUUUAUAUUUUAAUAGGGCCCUGAGCCUGGAUUCCUUCUGAUUUCCUGGCAGAUCAGAAGAACCAGUCACAUCAUGGGAGUUCUUUUUUCAUCCCAGAUCCUCUUGGCGGCUAGGCUGCUGGGGUGACGUCUCUCUUUGUGGUAGGAAAGAAGGGAACAGUCGCAUGUAGCAAAAGCCAGAGAGAUGUUUAUUCUAAGGGCCUUGACUUCAAUAAAGCCCAAGUUUGCCAGCAACAUUAGAAUGGCCUUACUGAUUUCUACCCUGUCCACAUUCCUCCCAGGCAGAAUCACUGUUUUGCAACCUAGCAAUGAAGUGUUUAAUAUAAUAUGUGCUUGAAUGUUCAUCCAAAUUAAAUUAAUUUAACCCUUAA